ACGACCGUAUGACUCCACCCAUGCACCCCCGCUCGUCCCGCCACCGCAGAGACCCGCUCGCAGACCUGCCCCUCGACCGUUUCAUCGCCGGCGUCUCUAUUAGCAGCCCGUUCAAGCCACCCGCGAGCCCCCUCAAGCAGUCCCACAAACGCCCCGCAUCCCCUGCACCCCCCUCGUCUGCCCUUCCCAACAAGCGCCACCGCGCCGACCUCUUCUCCCCGCCCAGCGGCUCCCCGCUCAAGCCCGCCGCCAGCCCCGCGCGCAGCAAGUACGCCGCGUCCCCGUCCAAGGCCAUCGACGCCAUGACCGCCCUCUCCGCCGCCGCCGACGACCCGCACGCCACGCCCAAGCGCGCCCCCGCCAAGUCCGCCACCCUCCUCGCGCCGUCGCCCGAGCUCCACGCGGGGCCGGGGGCGGGGGCGGGGGCAAAGAGGGCCGCGAAGGGCCGCGAGGAGGCGCACGAGGACCACAUGCAGGAGUUCUUCAGCAGCCCCGCGCGCCGCCCGCCCACCUCCGCGCGCGAGGCCCCGCCCUCGCCCGACCGCGCGUCCGUGCACUACCCCGGGUUCGACGUCUACCGCGACACCCCCGACGACGAAUCCACCGAGCUCGACGCGCCCCCGCCCGUCUUCCACAUUCUGCCCGACGACGUGAAGGAGAACAAGGCGCCGCCGAGGGUGGAGGAGGGUAAGAAGGGUGCCAUCCCCGGCUCGCCGUUGAAGCAGGGCAUCGCGUUCUCGCCCAGCACCGCGAAGAAGAGAGGGGCGGCAGACGGGGGCGCAAAGUACAGACCCAUGAUCAUCGCCAGCUCCCCGCGGAAGGAGACUAGCGCCGCGCCCAGACUCGCGGGCACCCUCGGGGCAGCGCUCGGCGUCCCCAAGGCGGCCGCCACCCCCGGGCGCUCGCCCAAAGUCGCGAACGCGCGCAGGAGGAUGAUGGAGGACGAGUUGGACGCGGCGGACGGCGAGGACGAGUUCUAG